GUCUCGUGCGUCCAGCCACAUAAAGGUUUCCAUCCCCUGGCUACUCCGCCACAUCUUCCGAUCAGCAGGUGAUCCCGCCCCAGAUCCGCUCCAUCACAUCCUCAACAAUGGCAGCUGCCGCGAUCAGGGCCCGGCUAGACUACCUUGUCACAUCCAUGUUCACCACGGGCAUGCUGGACGAGAAUUUCCAGCAACUGCGGUCGAUGGAAGAGAAUGGCACCGCAGCCCUGGGCUACGUCACCGAGAUGAUCAACCUCUUCAUCAAAGACACCAAGAGGAUCCUCAACGACAUCGCCGGCCUGCUGAACCAACCUGUGGUGGACUACGACAUUGUGGACGUCCUCGUGCGUCAGCUCAAGGGGUGCAGCUACAGUGUUGGUGCUAAGAAAGUGAACCUCUCCUGCAUGCAAUUCCGUCGGUUCUAUGAGCCAAGAAGCAAAGAAAGAUGCCUCAUGGCGUUGGCUCUUGCUUGGAAUGAGUUCUGUGAAGUGCGCAGCAAGUUCGAGGCUAUGAUGCAGCUGGAGGAGCAGAUCGCAGCCUAUGGUCCUAACUAGUAGCUAUGGAAGGAAAAAGAGCGUAGCUCCAUGUGAUCCCUCCCAUGACGGGGUGUAUGUAUCUCUCCAGAUGUAUACAAUGUUCAAUAGGUGUCUGGCUUUGGAGAGCGAUUAUGAAAUAACAUGAGGAAUCUUGCGUAAGAACUCCAGUCUCGCAAGUCUUCAAAAAAACAUUUUGUGAUGUGUCAAUGUCUCUGUCAACUCUAUACCCGGUUGAGUCCGCUGGGCUGCCGCCCCAUACAAUAUUUAAACUCUCUACCUGGUUGGUUUUGUACUGGUGAAUUGGUUUUGUUGUA